AUGUCGCAGCCGGAGCAAUUACCAUGGGACUUGGUCGGAGAAAUCCUUUGUCGAGUGCCAACGAAAUACCUUGCUCGAUUCAGAACUGUAUGUAAGCAAUGGAAAGCUGUUUGGGAAGACAAGAGUUUCUUGAACAAGUACUUGUCUCGCGCGCGUCCUCAAUUCAUGAUACGGACCGAUUCUAAGAUUUGUUCGGUGGAAAUCAGUAUCGACGACAAGAACGAGGAUAACAUGUCGAUAGUGGAGCGUGAUGUAACUUUAGAAUAUGAAUGCAAAACAUAUACCAACUUAUGUUAUUGCGAUGGGUUUGUGCUGUAUGGUAUGUGCAAGAAAGGGUUUGUGAUUUGGAACCCUUGGGUGAGACAGCAUAGAUUUAUAGAGAAUCAAGAAUAUACUUUCGGGGGCGUAGGGUACGAUAAUAUCAGACCCGAAAGAGGUUACAAGAUCUUUGGGUAUAAUUUUUAUACCGAUAGGAGUAGUGGACAAUUCCAAUCCAAUGUUGCCAUCUACGAAUGCAAAUCUGAUGCGUGGAAGUUUAUUAAUGGCACUCGCGAAGAACCGCAUGGGAUAAUGCCAGACAGUAUCAUGUCUUUGAAUGGGAAUUUAUAUUUUAUCGCUUUUGAUACAAAGGCUUAUAAAUAUUUCAUCCAAAGCUUUGAUAUGUCAGAGGAUAUAUUCAAGACUAUUUGUGCUUUCCCUAGUAUUGAAGGUUCUUUCUCUACCCAAGCCCUGGCGGUUUUCAGGGGAGAUCGACUUUCUUUGUUAAUGCAGUCACGUCUGAGUAACAAGGUUGAGAUUUUCGUGACAAAGCAAAAGGUUGACGGGAACGGAGAGGCCCUAGUGUGGAUAAAUUUCAUGACAGUCUCAAUACCUAACUUUCCGAGAUUACUACCGCAUUAUCUUUCCCCUGAUCCUAGUUUCUUUGUUGAUAACAAGGACGAUAAGAGGCUCUUUGUGUGUGCUUGUGAUGGAACCGAGCAUCCUUGCAUCUACAUUGUGAAGGGAGAUGUGUUGAGGAAAAUUUCAAUAGAUACUUUGUUUGUUAAUAUGUUUACUUGUUUUAGAAGUUACAUCCCUAGUUUCAUCUCCAUUCCUUGCUGUGUACCUUGCGUGUAA